GGGGAAGAGUUUAAUUUGAGUUUCAAUUUCAAAAUCAUAGUAGGAGACGGAGAGAGCGAAAGAGAGCGAUAGAUAUAAGCAGAGCUUUUCUCUCGCCAGCUGUUCCGCUUCCUCUCUGUAUCUCAAUCCUCUCCUCUUCCGUCUCCGCUCCAUCCCCUCUUUUUCUUCGCAUUCCCCUCAACCCUUUUUCCCUCAAUUCAUUCGUACCAGAUUAUUGAUAUUCAUGUCAAUAAUUCGCUGAUCCCGCCGAGAUCCGGAGACUCGUCACCUGCAUUUUGUCUCUGCUCUGCAUCUCGACCUGAUUGGCCCAUACCUUUCUGUGAUCGGUUGAGCAUUUGGUAAUUUGAUCCUCGCGGGCCAAUGACUGUGGAGAAAGGCGUUUGUAGCGAGGAAUCUGGCGUUUCCAACGUUGGAAUUGAGGGGAAGUGUGGGCUGGAUAUGGGUUCGCAAGAGGAUCUGAGCACAGCUGGUGCAGAGUGCAACGGGGUUGCGCAUCGCGAGGUUGGAGAGGGGAUUAAUGGAAGUGGUAAGGAUGAAGCCGAUGAUGAUCCCUCUUAUGUUUUUGUCAAUGGGAACGACGUCGACCCUGUCGCUGGCGAUCCCUCCAUUGGGAGUGAUCUCAAUGCAGAGGACGGUGUCGAAUUGAACGCUUCGGAAUCUAAUGUUUGUUCCCAAAAUGGGACGAUCGAGGUGCGGGGGGGUGAUGAUUCCAGCGAUAGGAAUGGGGAAAGCGUUAAGUUGCAUGGGGAGGAUGAAUGCAUUGUUGAAAAUUCUGAAGUUCUCCCGUCAAAAACUGAUCUCGUCCAAGGAGCUGAGUCGAGCGUCGAAAAUGGAGAAUGCGAUCGCCAGGCGUGUGGAAAGGAUGAUUGCAUUGCUGAAGGGGAAAGCGUGGAGAAUGAUGAAAGCGUUCGCACUGUUGAAGGGUCUGUUAUUUUCCCUUCAAAAAGUGAGCUUGCUCUGGAUAAUUCAAAAUCCCACGAACCCGAUGGGGAAGAAGUAACGAGGAGUGAUCCAAUUGCGGAGGAGCAAAAUGGAGUGGUGGUUGUGGAGCCUGAACCGGAGCGGCUUGAUGGUGUGGUGGAAGUUGAGGAGCAAGUUCAGCUGGAGCCGUCUGCUGAAUGUGAAUUGUUGCCUGCUGAUGAUGCAGAGAUGAAGUUGGAACAGCAAAAUAAGUGUAAGUCAACUGCUGAAACUGAAGAAACUCAGCAAUCUGCAAUACCUUCUACAAAUUCUGCUGAAUCUGAGACUGGAGAUGAUGCAGAGGUGAAGUUUGAGCCGCAAAACAAUCUAGAGUCAACGGCAGAAACAGAAGAAAAGCAGCAAUCUUCAAUUCCUUCUUCAGAUUCUGCUGACUCUGAACUUCUUCAGUCUAGUUGUGGGCUGGAGAAAGUUGAGGAGGAAAGCAAAUUAGACCCUAUUAUGGAUGUAGGAGAAAACAAGGAAGGUCAGAGUAUGGCUAAGGGGAAUGCUCAAGCUGAUUUGGAACAGGAAGCUCAUGUUAUAGCUGAUGAGGAUGUUCAUGCUGAUCUAGAACAGGAACCUCAAAGAAAGAUAAAUGAGGGUGUACAUGUUGAUUCAGAUUCCGAAAACAAAGCCAUAGAAUCUGCCAACAGGAUAUUUAUAGAAGUUAGCACUCCUGGAGACGUGGCCGCGGACUUGGUGCUGAAUUCUGUAAUGGCUGAGGGUGAUGUAAGUCAUCUAGGGGCAGAAUCUGCAGUUGCCACUGGCCUUGUCUUGGCUGAAAAUGGAGAUAACUGUCCUACUCAUUGCACUGAAGAUUGUGUUUCCAAAACUGUAACGAUUAAUGACUCUGAUGGUGGCAUUCAAAAUGCUUCAGCACUUAAUUCAUCUUCCGAGAAUGGUGAAAGCUUGCUUUUACCUGUACAUAGUGUGAGAUCAGAAAAUGAAGUUGGUAGCUUACCCAUCGAAAGUAGUGACAAUUUGCAUGAAGACAACAAUAACAAAAUGUUGAAGGAAGUUGGGGAAGAAGCUCCUUUGGUUAAUGAAAGUUUUCCAAGUUGCGAUGCUGAAACUGUGGGACUUGAAACUGCAGUUGAUGGCUCUGUUGAAGAUGAGAGCCUUCCAAGCUGCCCUGCUAAUGUUGUCAAAUCAGACAUCAUUUUUGGCUCAAUGGAUUUUGAAGAAAAGGUGCCUACUUUAUCAUCCGGUGAUGCAAACGUGGAGUUCAAAUUCUCAAAUGGAUUCGCUGGAUGUGCCAGCAAACAGCCUACUUGUCAUAGUGCUAAUGUGAAAUCAGAACUUGAAGUUGAAAGCACUUCUGCCUUAAGCUGCAGGGAUAUGCCUAGCAGUGAGAUCUCUUCUGCCUUAAGCAGCAGUGGGGAUAUGCCUAGUGCUGAUAAUACUCUAUCUGAAUCCAAGUUUUCAGCAGGUUCUGUUGUAAACAGUGACAGUGCAUCAAAUACUGUCCCUAAUGCUUUAGAUGUUGAGAAUGAGGAGGAUCAGCUCCCUGCAGGAGAUAGAGAUGAUAAACAGAUGUGUCAAGAAGCUGAGGGCACUGAAAGGCAUCACAGGGAUGAAACCGCAACUUCAUCCGCAAAAAGUUCCUGUGCUGAUGCUUUGGAUGGGCACAGUGGAGAUGCUGACGCUGGGAAGAGGCCAUUCAACUAUUUGAUCAGGAUUCCAAGAUAUGAUGAUGAAAAAUUCAGAAAACAGAUCAACCUUGCUGAGCUACAAGUUGAAGAGAGGACUCAAAGUAGAGAUAUUAUUCGUGGUGAAAUCCAAAUGAAAAGGGCUGCUUGUAAGGAGUAUGCUGAGAAAUUUGAAGCAGCCAUAUCAGAAGAGAAAGCUAUACGCGAUUCGCUUAAGUCUAAACGCCAGGAAAUAGAUGCUGUUCAGUCUAUGGUCAACAAAGUGAAGAAUGCAGUUUCUGUUGAUGACAUUGAUGGAAGGAUACGCAAUAUGGAACAUGCAAUAGAACAUGAGUCCCUGCAGUUGACAGUAGAAAAGCAUUACCUUCGAGAAAUUAAACAAUUGAAGCAUGUUCGUGAACAGCUCUCUUAUAACAUGGGUAAACAGGAUGAAUUGAAGGAGGCCAUGGACCAAAGAGAUCAAUUUGAUGAGCGUUCAAAGUUUCUAAGGAAGGAAGCAGAUUCCCUCAAGGACAGAGUGUCAAAGGCUGAAGUGAUUACCAAAGCUGCCAAAAAGAUAUAUUUUGAUGAAAAAGGAAAGCUAAGUGAAUUGCAGGCGCAGUUUAAAAUUGCUGAUGAUAUUCGUCAGCAGGCCUAUGCUAAUUUACGAAGCAUGAAAAAAGAAUUUAAUGAGAAGAAUAAAUAUUUUUGGAUGUAUAGAGAUGAUGCGGAGAAAGCCAGAAAAUAUGCAUCAGAUAAAAACAAAGACAAGCUUCAUCAUCUUUGUGUGAACCAGGUGGAGAGGAUAAUGGAUCUUUGGAACAACAAUGAUGAUUUUCGAAGGGAAUACAUUAGGUGCAACACAAGGAGCACCCUGAGGAGACUGAAGACAUUAGAUGGGCGCUCACUUGGACCUGAUGAAGAGCUGCCAGUACCAGCCACUGUCCUUAGUGAAAAAGUGGAUAACCGUCCUCCUACUCCUCCUCUGGCCAAAGCUUCCACUGUGGAUGAAGAAAAAGAAGUUGUACGUGUGGAGGUUGAGAAAGCAGAUGGCCCAGCAACAAGUAAAGCAGCAAAAAUUAAAAAGCAUGCAAGACCUGCUCUUUUGCAUAAUGGCUCAGCAACCAUAUCUGGCAGGAAUGAAGGUGUAGAGGAUGAUGAGGAGCCUAAGCAAUCAAAGGAGGAAGCAGAAUCAGCUAGGAAGGAGGAAGAAUUGAGGAAAAAAGAGGCAGCGGCCAAGUUAAGGGAGCAACGUCAGUUGGAGGAGCUGGCCAAGGCUAAGGAGGCACAGGAGAGGAAAAAACGAAAUGCUGAGAAGGCUCAAGCCAAGGCUGAGUUAAGAGCACAGAAGGAAGCUGACCAGAAGGAGAAGGAAAGGGAAAAGAGGGCGAGGAAGAAAGAAAGGAAGAAGGCAGCAGCAGAAGGGGCUACAAAUGGUAGCAUUGGAGGAGAAUCUGCAGCAAAUUCGCAUACCCAAAUUGAAACUACCAAGGAGCAUGAUAGUAAAGAGAAGUCUGUGGCGGUGACAAAGAGGCCUCAAAAACCGACAAAGUUCACAAAGCCAACCAAGACAAAAUCUAUCCCGUUGCCUCUUCGUAACAGGGGUAAGAGAAGGAUGCAGCAAUGGAUGUGGAUCGCUGCUAUAGUUCUCCUGGUUAUUCUGGCCAUAUUUGUUGUGCUAGAGAGCAACUUCUCAUUUCCCUUGUGGCUGCAAAGGUUUGGCUCUUGAACUUAUCUGCCUGUUUACUGGGCAAUCAACAAGGGUUGAGGUUUGGUGGUAUUUUACCAUACACAGUAUAAAUUUAUAUACAUUUUAUAUAUAAAAUAGGCAAUUCUUUGUGAUCUACCCAGGGUUUAUUCCCUAGUUGGUUUUCGGUCAGUUUUAAGUGGCUUCUCCCCUCACACAAACCAUUGAUAGAUUGUUUUUUUUGUUUUUGUUUUUGUUUUUUUAUCCAUUUUGUGCUAUAAGAACAAGAGCAGAACACACUUGAAAUUGCUUCCAUCCAGUAUUAUAAUAAAUACGAUGAUUCCUGGCA